UAGGAGUUUUUGCUUGCAAGAAACACAAACACAUCAACAGGCUUAAGCAAAGAGGAGAAUUGAUUUGAGGAAUAAAGUGACUUUCUCUGGUACCCAAGUACACAAGGGACUGCACGAGGGAUUGAAAAGUCAAGGAUCCAGGGUCUCUCAGUAGCUUGUGUCCGGCUCAUCUGAAAGGAUUCCAUGGCGAGUAGAAAUAACGUGACUGAGUUAAUUAUUGCCAGUCUUUUCCAGGAUCCAGAGGUGCAGAGGGUGUGCUUUGUGGUGUUUCUUCCCGUGUACUUGGCCACGGUGGUGGGUAAUGGCCUCAUCAUUCUAACGGUCAGCGUCAGUAAGAGUCUGCAGUCCCCCAUGUACUUCUUCCUUAGCUACCUGUCUCUGGUGGAGAUCAGUUACUCCUCUACUGUUGUCCCUAAAUUCAUCACAGACUUACUUGCCAAGAUUAAAACCAUCUCCCUGGAGGGCUGUGUGGCUCAGAUAUUCUUCUUCCACUUCUUUGGAGUUAGUGAGAUCUUCCUGCUCACGGUAAUGGCCUGUGACCGCUAUGUGGCCAUCUGCAAACCCCUUCACUACACAACCAUCAUGAGCCGCCCUGUGUGUCACCUUCUGGUGGCUGGCUCCUGGCUUGGGGGCUUUUUUCACUCCAUGGUUCAGAUCACUGUCACUGUCCAAUUGCCCUUCUGUGGUCCCAAUGUGAUUGACCACUACUUCUGUGACCUCCAUCCCUUAUUCAAGAUUGCCUGCACUGACACCUCUGUGGAGGGGGUUUUUGUGUUGGUCAAUAGUGGACUAUUUGCUGUCUUCUCCUUCCUCCUCUUGGUGUCCUCCUAUAUCAUCAUCCUGGUAAAUUUGAGGAACCAUUCUGCAGAGGGGAGGCGCAAAGCCCUCUCUACCUGUGCCUCUCACAUCAUGGUGGUUCUCUUGUUUUUUGGACCUGCCAUCUUCCUCUACAUGCGACCCUCCUCCACCUUCACUGAGGACAAACUGGUGGCUGUAUUCUACACGGUCAUCACCCCCACGCUGAACCCCAUCAUCUACACACUCAGAAACGCAGAGGUGAAAAUCGCCAUGAAGAGAUUGUUGGGCAACAAAGUGAAUUCAAGGGUGGAAUAAAAACAAUAAGGAGAAAAAAAUUAGCAUGAACAGAGUGACCAAAUAUGCAUUCUGAUUUUAAUCAACUAUGAGGAAGAGAGCAAAAGU